AUGGCUCAGCGUUUCCCAACGAGUGGGCCUAGCCCUGCUCCUCCUGCAGGUGGCAUGCCGCCCCAGCAGCGGUAUCCUGGACCGGCCCAGCCUCAAGGAUCACCCAUGCCACCUAGGCCAUACUCAGGACCAACAUUCCCGCCCCGGAGCGGGUUCACGCCCCCGCCGGCGGGCGCGGUGGCCGUGGCGGGGGGCGGGGCGGGCGCGCGGCCCGGGGCGGCGCCCCCGCCCGCCGGCUACAGCGCGCCGCGCCCGCCCGCCGCGCCGCCCGCCCCCAAGCGCCCGCCCGACGCGCGCGCGCCGCUGCCCCCGCAGCACAAGCCACAGCACUACGCCGGUGAUACGUACGGCGGCGGCGGUGGUAAGCGUAAGAAGCGUCUCGCAGACAAGAUUCUGCCUCAAAAGGUUCGUGACCUGGUACCCGAGUCGCAGGCCUACAUGGACCUGCUGGCCUUCGAGCGCAAGCUGGACGCCACCAUCAUGCGAAAGCGACUCGACAUCCAGGAGGCCCUCAAGCGACCCAUGAAGCAGAAGCGCAAGCUGCGCAUCUUCAUAUCCAACACAUUCUACCCUGGUCAAGGCGACAACGCCGUUGCUUCGUGGGAGCUACGUGUGGAGGGACGUUUACUCGAUGACACUAAAAAUGAUCCUAAUAAGGUGAAACGCAAGUUCUCGUCGUUCUUCAAGUCGCUCGUGAUCGAGCUGGACAAGGAGCUGUACGGUCCGGACAACCACCUGGUGGAGUGGCACCGCACUCUCACCACGCAGGAGACGGACGGCUUCCAGGUGAAGCGGCCCGGCUACAAGAACGUCCGCUGCACCAUCCUGCUGCUCCUGGACUACCAGCCGCUGCAGUUCAAGCUGGACGCGCGCCUGGCGCGGCUGCUGGGCGUGCACACGCAGGCGCGGCCCGUCAUCGUGAACGCGCUCUGGCAGUACGUGAAGACGCACCGCCUGCAGGACCCGCACGAGCGCGAGUACAUCGCCUGCGACAAGUACCUGGAGCAGAUCUUCGGCUGCGCGCGCAUGAAGCUGGCCGAGGUGCCGGCGCGCCUGGGCGCGCUGCUGCACGCGCCCGACCCCAUCGUCAUCAACCACCUCAUCUCCGUCGAGCCGCCGCACGACAGCAAGCAGACCGCCUGCUACGACAUCGACGUCGAGGUGGACGACACGCUCAAGACGCAGAUGAACAACUUCCUGCUGAGCACGGCCAACCAGCAGGAGAUACAAGGCCUGGACACGAAAAUACAUGAAACGGUGGACACCAUUAAUCAACUUAAGACGAAUCGAGAAUUUUUCUUGAGCUUCAGUAAGGAUCCACAGCAGUUCAUACAGAAGUGGCUCGUCAGUCAGUCUAGAGAUCUGAAGACCAUGAACGGCGGCUCGGGCGGCAACCCCGAGGAGGAGCGGCGCGCCGAGUUCUACGGGCAGGCGUGGGCGGGCGAGGGCGUGGCGCGCUACCUGCACGCGCGCCUCGCCGCGCGCCGCCGCGACCUCGACCUGGCGCUGCAGCCGCCGCACCUCGCGCGCCUGUAGGAGCGCGACCUCGACCUGGCGCUGCAGCCGCCGCACCUCGCGCGCCUGUAGGAGCGCGACCUCGACCUGGCGCUGCAGCCGCCGCACCUCGCGCGCCUGUAGGAGCGCGACCUCGACCUGGCGCUGCAGCCGCCGCACCUCGCGCGCCUGUAGGAGCGCGACCUCGACCUGGCGCUGCAGCCGCCGCACCUCGCGCGCCUGUAGGAGCGCGACCUCGACCUGGCGCUGCAGCCGCCGCACCUCGCGCGCCUGUAGGCCCCGCUCGACCGCGACCUGGCGCUGCAGCCGCCGCACCUCGCGCGCCUGUAGGAGCGCGACCUCGACCUGGCGCUGCAGCCGCCGCACCUCGCGCGCCUGUAGGACCGCGCGACCGCGACACGACCUCUCCGCCGCCUCUACAGCUCUCGACGUGCGCCACGGGAUGAGCGCACUACUUUGAUAAAUAAAUUUAUUCGAUACAA